GUCUGGAUCGGCUGAAAUCGACAUUACGACGGGAUUAAGCGGGUUAAGGAGACGUUACUUUCGCAACGUCGACGGGCCAAGAAAGAGCAGGCUGCUUCCUUAAUUUCGAUUAUUCCCCGUUCGAUAUAUAAUCCCAGCGUGGUCACCGGAUUAAUCAUACCGAAAGCAGCGCCGGAGCUGGACGUUGCGGUACCAACUGGACCAAUUCGCGUAGACUGCCACAGCUGUCACGAUGUCCCGCCUCGCGAUCUGCCUGUUGUCCGCGUAUAUCGUCUGCCAGUGUUUGAUAGCUGGCCGUGAGAUCGGCAAGGGUCACGAUGAUCUAGAAACGGCUGCGAGCGGCCACCAUCACGAGAAGGGCGGCGGUGAGGAGCACCAUUCCGAUCACCACCACCAUCACGGAGAAAAAGGCGACAAAGGCUACAAGUCCGAGCACCACCACGAGAAGGGCGAGAAGGGCCAUCACGACAAAGACGACCACAAGGGCCACUUCGAUGAGGAGGAGGGCCACAAGAAGAGUCAUCAUCACGACGAUGGCUAUUAUGGCGAGGAUCACAAGGGCGAGAAGGGCGAGAAGGGACACAAAUUCCACGAAGAGGGGCACUACGGUAAAGGGCACAAGACCCAUGGGCACCACGAGGUCCACAAGCUGGACGAGUUUAAAAAGGACAAGGAGUUCUUCGACGAGCACCACGACUCGGGACACCACGAGGAUCACGGUGGUCAUCAUCACGAGCACGGUCACAAGAAGGGUGGACACUUCAAGAAAGGACAUCACGAGCACGACGAGCACGAAGAUCAUUACGGAAAGAAGGGACACUAUGAGAAGGGUCAUCAUCAUCACGAUCACAAGGGCCACAAGGGCGAGGAUGGACACGACGAGCAUCAUGAUCAUCAUUCCAAACACGGCAAGAAAGGGGGACACGAGGACCACAAGUCGUGGGGAUUCAAAAAGGGGCAUUAGGAUUGUUGACGCCCAUUGUUAUGUCUGUUGAACGUUGUGCUACGUUGAUCUUUGUAUUCAAUCGAAAUAAACGUAUU